AUGCAAAAUUUAAGAACUACAAAAUUUUGGAAAUCCCAAACGUUGUAUAGUCUGAUAAUAUUCUACUGUUUUACACACUUUUCUCAUGGACAUAUUAUUAACUGGAAAGCAAAUAUUCACAGCUACACUUUGGUUACUUUCGGUUUGCCUAUUUAUGAUCAGACAUUCGCAAAAUAUGCAAUAGAAGCUAAUAUUAGUGUUGCCCUAGUUCUAUUACCAAUAACUGGUGAUAUUGAAGCAGAUUUCAAUGCUGCCUGCUCCAUACUCAACAAAACAACUCGACCAGUUGCACUUGUUGACUCCAGUUGGCCAUAUUCUUCACAGAAUGAUGAUAAUUUCAUAUUUUCAGCUAGUAUCAAAAAUGAAAAUAAUGAACCUGUAGAAUAUGAACAAGAAAUAAAGAAUACUUUACACAAUGGAUUAGAACAAGCAGCUGAAUCUGAAGCAAGUGAACGGUUAAGGUGUUAUAGACGACAGUUAUUGAUGGGCUUAAGUUCAAGAUUACAAUUACCUUUGGUAACUAUUACAGAUCUUGAAGAAUGUCCAGGUUCAAUGAUUGAUUCAGCAAUUAAAUGGUUUUCAUUUUCAAAAACAAAACAUCGUUCUGGAAACUCACAUCAGCGUAUAUCUAAUCCAUAUUCACCUGCUUUAGUACAUUCAAUUGGCCCAAGUCAAUUUCUUGUGGCUGAACUAUUAAGAAAUUUAAUUGUAAUUAAUGAAGAAAUUUGGAAAGGAUUUGCUAUUGUUUACGAGCAUAGUGGUGACUUUCUGAAAUAUCGUGAAUGCCUAGAAAGUUUACAAACAACAGCGCUUAUUCGUAGGUGGAGAGAAAAUUCUUUUUACAAAGCCCAUAUUAUUAGAGAAAUUAAACAUCUGGAAGCAUUCUUUUUGGAUUUAUCUGCAAAAAGCAUAGAACAGUUUUUUCAGAUGAUGGGUGAUCAAGAAGUGAAUCCAAAUUAUGCCCAAUACUUUAUAUUUAAUGAUGGUUCACUUGAAAGUUUGAUGACUUCACUUCAGCGUGUAAAGGGCAAUAUAGCUCUGGUUCGUUUUAAAAUACCUGGAAUAUCUCAUGAAUCAGAAAGUGAAUCGCUUCAUACACAAAUGAUACGAAGUAUAAUUGAGCAUUUGUCAGCGGCAAUGAAAUUGGCUGGUAACAAAUUACAAGUUCCAGAACAUGUUACCUGUACACCAGUCAGAUCAAGUUUAUUAAAAACACCAAAAGGCUUAUUAGUUAGCCAUAAAAAUGGACCACAUGUAACAUAUAAAAGUGGUCAACUGUUACAUACUUAUAUUAAUCAAGUACUUCAUUCGAGAAUCGGUUAUACAGACUCAAGUAAAUUCAGUCCUAUACUAGAUUAUAAUCUUGAGUUGAUACAUUUAAAGAAUGGAAGAUUACAGCAGCUAGCUGACUGGUCACUGAAGGGAGGAUUUGUCUAUAAACAACCAGUCGAAACUUCAUUUCCUCAAGGUGGUUUGAAGUAUAUGAAUAAAACAUUCAUUGUUACGACUAUAGAAGAUCCUCCAUUUGUAAUAUUUGAACCAUAUCGUCAAGGUGUACAUCUUGAAGGCAAUGAUCAAUGGACAGGAUUUGCGAUGGAACUAUUACAACAUUUAAGCAAAAUGAAUCAUUUUGAUUAUAUUAUCAAACCUGUCAGUGAUAAAAAAUUCGGAACGUUUGAUGAAAGUAAAGGUAAAUGGGAUGGACUAAUCGGUGAUCUUGUCUAUAAAAAAGCAGAUCUUGCAGUAGCCUCUUUUACCAUAACUUAUGAUAGAGAACGUGUAAUUGAUUUCACCACACCAUUUAUGAGUUUAUCUCUAAGUGUUAUCAUACAAAAAAGUAAUUCAGACCCUGGAUUACAAUUCACAGCACCACUGUCAAAUGAGGUUUGGAUAUCCGUUGGAAUUGCUUAUUUUGUUGUUAGUUUAACACUAUUUUUAAUUGGACGUGUUUCACCAUAUGAAUGGUAUGCUCGACAUCCAUGCUAUCCAAAAAUACAGAAUCAAUUUACAAUGAGAAAUAGUUUUUGGUUCACUGCAGGAUCACUAAUGCAACAAAGUAGUGAUAUUGUGCCACGUGCUACAUCUACACGAAUUAUUGGAGGUAUAUGGUGGUUUUUUAUCCUAGUGAUAACUUCAUCAUACACAGCAAAUUUAGCUGCUUUUUUAACAAUCGAUAGAAUGCAAGCGGAUAUUGAAAGUGUAGAAGAUUUAGCACGUCAGACAAAAAUUAAAUAUGGAACAAUACAUGGUGGUUCAACUUAUUCAUUUUUCAAAAAUUCAGAUAUUCCUACUUAUCAAAGAAUGUGGAAUUUCAUGAACCAGAAUAAAUCAUUGUUUGUAAAUAAAACAGAAGAGGGCAUUGCACGUGUUCUCGAAGGAGGUUAUGCAUUGAUAUUGGAAUCAACACUUAAUGAAUAUUAUGCCCAGCGUAAUUGCAAACUUACUCCGCUUGGUGGAUUAUUAGAUCCAAGAGGAUAUGGAAUUGGAUUACCAAUAGGCAACAAUGGACUAAGAGAUUUAUUAUCUGAAAGUAUAUUAAAAUUACAGAAGGACCAAACAUUAGAGAAAAUGAGACAAUACUGGUUACAACGUUAUAAUGCAUCAGUUCCAUGUUAUUUACAAAGUUCUCACACAAAUUUACCAUCAAGAAGUAAAUUGACACUUGCAAAAAUGUCCAGUGCUUUUAUUGGCUUAGGUGCUGGCUUAUUUUUUGGAAUACUUGUUUGGAUUACAGAAAUUGUAGUUUGGGUAUUAAAGGUUCGAACAAACACAAAUCAAUCUACUAUCAAUGAAAUCGGUGAACAUUUUCAAAAAACAUUAUGCCAUCAUCGAACAAAAAGUGAAGAAGUCAUAACAAUACCACACCGUGAUUCAAUAGAUGAGUCUUCAUUAACACAGUAUAAGGAAACAUUUAAAAUGAAUCAUAUAAACACUAUUGGAAUAACAACUCACCAGGUAAAUAGUAAUGACCAAUUGAAUAAUACAUCUACAACAUUUCAUAAAGUAACAUCAUUGUAAUUGAGUUAUGUAAAGGUUUUUUUCAUAAAAGGAUUUAAACAAGUACAUAAAUGACCAAAGGAAACACAAACAAUGAAAGAAGAAUUGAACAUGGAACAUUAAGAAUGACCUUGGGGAAUCAUAAUUAGAAAUUUUAUACAAUAGUUAACCAGUGUGUUCUUCUCAUACAUUAUGUAUUUUUGCCCAAUCACAAAACUUGUAUAGAUUCUAUAAAUGAAAUUAAGUUUAUUUAUUGCUUUAAGGCUAUGAAUUUAAUGUUACCUGAAAGUGUAAUAUUAGUUAGAUAGAUGUGUUGAUACAUGAGGUUAGAUUUAAA